AUGGAACCUCUCCACGCCGCCCCCGAGACGGCCUCGUUUGUCCUCCUCGCCGAGCACCAGUCGCGGACUCCGUCCUCCUUCCACUCCGGCCCUCCAGUCCUGCACUACCAUAACAAGCAAUGCAAGGUCGUCAUCCUCGAGCGGGAUAUCCUCGCCAAUCCGCCCCUGAAUGCGAUCCGUGGGGCAGCAGCGAAUGGAUCAGGCGCUGCGACAGAGGAAGCUGAAGAAAAAGAGAUUGCCAUUGACGGUGUGGAUGUCUGGGUGACUUCUGACAAAUUCCUCUUAUACGCCCCCGCCGCCUCCGCAGGAAUCUCCAUCCCCUACCCAUCCAUCUCUCUCCAUGCAAUCCAAAGACUCCGCCUUCCUGAUUCCCCCGAUCACCCCGAGGUCCAAGGACUAUACAUGCAGAUUGCGGCGCCGUCGGGUGCUGCGCAAGAAGACGACGUGGAAGAAUGUAUCACAAUGACCGUCGUUCCGCCAGCAGAAACAGAAAUGACGGACGAGGACAAGCCCGAAGAGACACCCACUCAGAUGUUCUACGGUGCUGUAUCGGCAUGUUCGAACCUCCACCCGGACCCGGUGGAACAGGGCGACGAGGACGAGGAUGAGGAAGGAAGCUCGUUGUUCCAGAAUGGACUUGUCUCUGCGGGGAAUGCUGAUGGCGGGCUACCGCCUCCUGCUGAGGGGAGCUCUGGGUGGAUUACAGCGGACAACAUGCACGAAUUUAUUGACGAGGAAGGGAAUUGGAUUGCCGGUGGGGAGCCCCCAUCUUUGCCGCUGGGACCAGGUGCAGGUACAGUGAGACAUUGGGAUGAAGACGGUGGCAAUGAAGGACGAAAUGGUGAGGGUGAAGACCAGGAAGAUGAGACCAAGUGGAGGAGAACGGAUUAA